GAGGAGGAGGAGGAGGAGGAGAAGGAGGAGGAGGAGGAGGAGGAGGAAGAGCGAUUUAAAUCGCCAACACUUAAGGCCAACGUAAAAGGCUUGAUCGAGAGGCCGAUGGGAGAAGGCUUGAAGCCAAUUCAUGGUUCACUUUCCUAUGGGCCUUCGAAGCAAGUUCAAAAGAGGUGCCGGUAUUGA